AUGUCUGAAGAAGAAUAUCCAUCGCGCGGGGAAGGAUUGCGCUCGUCAUCGGCUGUCGUUUCCCCCCUCUCGAGGAAAGAAGACGACGACAAGAAAGAAGAAGAAGAAGAACGCAACGAUACGAAUAAUACCACAAAGACUAAACCCAUUCCAGUCGAUUUUGCAUCCAUGAGAAGAGAGAGCUCCGGACAAUCCAUCGCGUCGAGUCAAGGGAAACGAAGUCGCAGCGAUUUACUCGCGGCGGCGGAGGAAGAGAAGGAGAAGUUGGAAAACAACAAGAACAACAACGAGGAGUUUAAUACUAAUAGUAAUGCAGUUAUUGCGGCAGACCGGUUGAUGGCGGAGAACAGCAUGAAUGAGAAUAACAACAACCACAACAAUCCGUUUCAGAGCGAUCACCGCCGCAUUGACGACGACGAUAACGCGCCGUCGUACUCGCACAGUCCGUCCUCGUCCUCGGACCUUCCGAUAAGAGAAGGCGAGAAAGAGAGAAAGAGCUUGAGGCCGACGAAUAACAACUACAACAAGUUGGGUUCGAUGAGCGGCGAGGAUAUCGGUAUGAUGAUGGCGAACAACGUGUCGAAUGGGUCGAAUAGUUUAGGCGAAAGUCCGACGACGAGGUUGGAUUACUUGAACCAAGCGACGUUUGAUUUGAAUAAGAGUAAGAGAGUUGUGAGCGGUAAUAACAACGCGAACAACAAUAAUAAUAAUGAUAAUAAUAAUAACAACAAUGCUAUUAGUAGUAACGCGAACGAAGGCAAACCGCCGAAGCACGACGCGUUCGGCAACGGUGGUGGAGAACAAACGACAAUGUUUGCGGAGAAUUCGGCAGUUGCGAGAGUUGCGUUGGAUGCGCACGCGGCAAGAGCGCCGAGCCCUGCCGAAGGUAUGGAUUCAAAGUUAUUGAGAGUUCGGUCGAUGGUCACGUUGGACGGGGCGGAACCGGAUUUGGCAGCUAUGGGCGGCGGUUCGAGCGCGGAGGGCAGUUUAGAAGCCACAGACGACGAGGAUGCGCUGAUGACGGACGAAGAAGUGGAUGUCGGAGCACACGACCGAAACAACCAACGACAAGGAGAGAAAGAGGUAGAUUCGCCGACGACGAAAUCGAAACAAACGAGCGAGAGUGACGGAGGAGCGAAUUUGGAUAGAAGCGGCCACUCGGACGGUUCCGUUCGAUCCGCGGUAGACGGCGCGACGAAUGAAUCGACUACUUUGGCAAAAAAACAACCCAAAGCAACUUUGAAGCCUCCAGCGCGCGUCCUUUUUGGCGUGUACGAAGCGCAGGGACAGCGACCGUACAUGGAAGAUCGCUACGCAAUCAUCGAAGAUUGGAAAUUUGAGUGCGCCGGGAAAAUGAGUCAAAACAACUACUAUAACAACAUGAACAACGGACAACAAGAACAAAUAAUCAGCGAUAAACAGUACAUCGGCGUGUACGAUGGGCACAACGGCGAUUGGGCCGCCUCGUACGCCAAGGAGAAAAUGCACACGCACUUGGAAAAGUGCGCGUUCAUCGCCAACGGCAUCGCGCCGGACGCGCCGCAACACGAACUCGAAGAGUUUGAACUCGGCGUGAAGAGCUCCUUAAUCCGAUCGUUUGUCGAUUUAGACGAAGAAAUCUUAGACGGUACAAAAGCUUUAAACAGACGGGACGGUUCCACAGCCUCGGUCGUCUUGCGCGUGGCCAACCACCUCUUUGUCGCGCACGCCGGCGAUACCCGAAUCGUCGUGGGCAAACGCGCCGUGGGCCACCACGACGUCCGCGCAAAAGCCUUAACGGAAGAUCACAAACCCUCGCUUCCGCGCGAGCGCAAGCGCGUCUACGACGAAGGCGGCCGCGUUGAAUUCUGCGGUUGCUGGCGCGUCAUCGCCGAAAACCGAGGCCGCAACGUUCGCGCGGCUUUAGCCGUCUCGCGUGCCAUCGGCGACAUCGACUUUAAGCGUCCAGAAAACAAAGGCGUCACGGCAACCCCAGACGUCGCUCGAGUAACCUUAGACGACGAAAUUGAAAACGUCAUCGUCGCCACGGAUGGGUUAUGGGACGUCAUCGGCGACCAGGACGCCGUCAGGCUGUGUCGAUCCAUCUUGCGAGGUCGAUUCUCGGAAGACGCCUGUCGCGAAGCCGCCGAGGCGUUGACGCAAGAGGCGUUGGAGAGAGGCAGCAGCGAUAACGUCACCGUCGUCGUCUGCUGUUUUCAGCAUUGA